GUCGCACAAGGAAGAUGUUGCAUCCGCGGGCCUAUUGUCAUCUUCUGGGCGCAUUCAGCUGAAAUAUAGUGGAUGCAGAAAUGUCGCAGGAAUAGCCUAUGAAAUGGCUGGAUGAUCCCCUGCUGUUUUUUUUUAAACACUGCACCUUACCAAGAUGCUACAAGGCUCAAAUAUAUUGGGGCAUGAGAGACCCCUGGUCAUCAGGGCAUCAUUCACCACCUGUGUUCUGGUUACUGUGUGCCUGCCACUGCUCGGACUAAUAACUUGUGUCUUCAUAUCCUUUGUUUUUCACUUUGACGACUCUACCGGUACACACUGCCAGGUUCCUAAUUACCUGCCAUCUAUCAGUGCCUCGAUAAGCCUAAGUCCUGAGUGCCACAUAUGGCGGUUCUGCAUCGGACUGCACUCAGCACCGAGGUUCCUGGUGGCGUUCACCUACUUCAGAUUUUACAAGACGCGUUUUGCCUCGAGGUUCCCUGAGAGUCCGCUCAGCUGCUUGAACCUGGCCUUUUCUAUUACUGAGAACCUCGGCCUCUUGCUCCUCACAUAUGUAUCAUCCAGUGAGACAUACUUUGUACACAAGGAAGGUUUUGUCCUCUUCAUUUUCAGUUCCAUCAUCCACAUGCUGAUAACCUGCCGCUUAUGGAAGGCUAUUAAGAAGUAUUCAUUAAGUCCUGAGGAUGCCAAGUCUUACCAUUGGAAAGUGCGUUUCUUACUUCUCAACGUAUCCUUCUGUGUUUUUGCUGGCUUCUUUUAUGUGAAACACAAUAUGUACUGUGAAUCGGGGAGUUACACACUCUUUGCCCUGUUUGAGUAUCUAGUGGUCUUCUCCAACAUGGCCUUCCAUCUCACAGCAGUGUGGGACUUCAAGAGCCGAGAGGUCAUGAUCAUUUCAUCCUCUGAAGAUAAAGACUUCUGACUAGAAACUCAAGGACUAAGUGCUAAAUGUACAACCACUCAACCACUUGAUGACAGCAGCCUUGAUCCUGCUCAAGAGGAACAAUGGGAUGAAGGCCUUUUUCAUAUAUUUCCAAUAUGAGUCCUUAGAGGGCGUAGAUGUCAGACAAGUCUGAACAAAAGAUAUGCACAUGUGCUACUGUAUGGUCUAUUCAGUUAGCUGUAAGUGCAUUUUUUCUGCCUCUUUGUCACAUUCAUGGAUGCCUUCACCUACAUACAGUAAUGUAUUUCUGUAAUGUGAAAUUUCAACUUUUGUACAAUUAAAAAAAAAAAAAGUGUGGUUAUACUGUAUGUGUGCCAAAGUAAAGUGACAGUUCAAGUCA